CCUGACACACAGCAAGCUGGAGAAAGAAAGGAAAAACUUCAUUAAAAACCUCCAGGCUCUCCUCCAUGUUAGAAAUGAAAUGGAAAAUGGAGUGGAUUUAACAGGAAUCCUUGAUUCCUGCAGCCAAGCUGGAGGAAGGGAAACACUAAUCAAAGCCUCAGGCUGCUGAUAUUUUUUAAGUCGCAAUAAAUACUGAGAACUCCCAGGCAGGAUGAAGAUUUCCUGACUCGGACGAACGAGAAGGGACAGAUAGCUUUUUUAUGAUAUUUCUCUCUGUAUAUUUAAUUUAUUCACCUGGAUAAUUCUCUUUGCUGAUCUGGUAAUUGUUAGAAGCGGCUGUGACAGCCUGGAAACAUUAGUAUGAUUUCCUGAGUUUGAGAUUUGCUGCCCCCCCCUCCAAACUCAGGAAAAGUCAAUACAAUCGCACUUCAUUUUUCCUUCAUGUGCACUUGGAAGUCUUGGGAGAAGCAAGAGCAGCGGCAGCAGCAGCAACAGCCAGAAUGAACUGCAAGGAAAAUGACAACUGCACUGACGGGAGCAGCAAUAACACGAAGAAGAUGUUAAAAUGUGUGGUGGUUGGGGAUGGUGCAGUUGGGAAAACCUGUUUGCUGAUGAGUUAUGCCAAUGAUGCCUUCCCAGAGGAGUAUGUCCCCACUGUGUUUGACCACUAUGCAGUAACUGUGACUGUGGGAGGACAACAACACUUGCUGGGACUUUAUGACACUGCAGGGCAGGAGGACUACAACCAGCUGAGACCCCUGUCCUACCCUAACACAGACGUCUUCUUGAUCUGCUUCUCGGUGGUGAACCCCGCCUCGUACCACAACGUCCAGGAGGAGUGGGUGCCCGAGCUGAAAGUCUGCAUGCCCAAUGUGCCUUAUGUCCUCAUAGGAACACAGAUUGACCUCCGGGAUGAUCCCAAAACUUUGGCUCGGCUGCUUUACAUGAAGGAGAAACCACUCACCUACGAGCACGGAGUGAAGCUAGCAAAGGAGAUUGGAGCACAGUGUUACCUGGAGUGCUCAGCCCUCACACAGAAAGGCCUUAAGACUGUCUUCGAUGAGGCAAUCCUGACCAUUUUCCACCCCAAGAAGAAGAAGCAGCAUUGUGCAAAGUGCCAUAGCUGCUGUACCCUUGUGUGAAGUCACUUGGAAAGAAAAGCAAGAUGAGUUCAAUGAAACAAAGCAGGUUAGAAAGGCAAUGAAGGUCACAUGCAACUGAAAUGGGGAACAUGACCAGAAAGGGGUCCUUCUUACCCAAAUAUAGGAGCCCUCUGUUCUGUGAAAACUCCGAGAAGAAUCUCACUAGGCCAACUCAUGUCUAUGUGCUUUCCUAACCCUCCAGAGUUGUAUGCAGCCUGUUCCCACUAUUGCGGACUGCACUGAGCCAAUGGAAACCAGGAUACCUGCUCCUGCUUGACUCUUCACCUUAGGAAUAACGUGAAGGUGGCGUAUGGAAAAACAAAGUACUAAAGGUGGUAAAAGAAACAAGAGAAACUCCAUUUCUGGCCUUAAGAUAGAAUCAAUCAAAAUUAGGAAUUUGCAGUACUUAGGAAUUGAAUCUGAAUUGACUAAAAGCACAUGGAGAUCUGUAGAAAUCUGUUAUGUAAGGUAUACACUAUAGGUAGGAUGUACUUUUUAACUACUUUUCUUUUAUAAGACUCACUAAUUCAGGAUAUGCUUUAGUUUGUUCAAACCACAUGGAAGCAAAGGUGGAGUGAUUCCAGUUUGUUUUCGCUUAAUGGUGAAACCUCACAGCAUCAGGAUGUUGCUGCACCCAAGCUAUCAAAAUGGAUCAACAUUUACCUCCAGACUUAAGGAAUGUUCUUACAACAAAAAAAUGCAAAUAACUGUAUUUUUACAGGUGAAUGUUAAGGCUGAGCCAUGUUUCCAUAAGCUGGGAAAGGAAGAACAGAGUUGUAGCAUUUAUGUACUGAAACAAAAAAAGUCUACCACCAAAGACAUGAAACAGCAGCAUGGAACAAUCUCCCUUCCAAACUGAGAACAUGAAUGAGACACAUUGCCAUGGCAACUGAAAAUUUACCUUAUAGAUCAGCUGGAUUUCUACAUCUCACCAAGCAGACAAGAAUAGCAAAAGCCAAAAAGCCAAAGGUCAUACUAACUUCAAAUACUUUAAGGUGAUCCAAAUGCCUUAAGAUUUUUUUUGUAAUGGAGUAUCUCAUGUAAAAAAACUUGUCAAAGUGGAGUUGUAAACAUGUCAAUUUAUUGUAGCCUCCUUCUUCCCAUUCAUUACUUACUUCUUUGCUACCAUUUUUCCAUCUUCAUUACUGUGAGUGCUGUUUAAGUUGCAGCAUGGCUGCAGUCCGCAGGAGUGAACUUUCACACAAGUUGCAGGUGGUGGGCUGCAACUGACAGCACAGAGAUGGGAUGUCCAGACCUUCAGGGAAAGGAAGUUGCCUGUUAGCUCUUUUUGCUGUUGAAGAAAGUGUGCCUUCUCACUAAACCCUCUCCAGGGAGGCUGUACAUACCACAGCAACACAGACGCUCAGAGGUGAACUUGAUGGAUGUCUUGUUACUUGCAUCUGCCUUCAAGUACCCUGGCAAUACCAUGAGACUGUCUUGUUAUGGAUUCCAUUCCCCCAGCAGAAAAUCAUGGUGCCAGCAAAUACAGAUUUGAAGAUCUCUGAUGUAAGUCCUUGCAAAAGCCGUGCCUGUAGUUUCCAGAAGUGCUAGGUGUAAGGAAGUAACAGCAGUGCACCUUCCCAGCGUUGGGGCAUUACCCCACACCCUGCUCCAGGGGACUGCCAGCCCACUCCUCUUCAGAAGCACAGUAUCAUGGCUGAGCACACACAUGCAACCAGAAAAAAUCAUGUGAUUAGUGGUGAAUUAUAGACUCACUGUUACUUGCAGCAAUUAGUGACUUCAGCAGAACUGUAGGAACUGCACCCUUGGCACAGAAAGGGGACAAGCACGAUGCAGUGCCCAGUCCUGCAGUCAUCAAGGAUUAUGAAUCCAAGCUCCUUUAGCACAAAUUCCCUUUACCAUGGACACCUACAGAAACCAGCUCUGACACCCCAAGAUGUUUCCAAGUAGAAACCAACAGUUCCCUCUGACCAAAGUGAUCAAAUCCAAGGCAAACGCCUUGUUGCUGUUAUACAGCCAGCUUUCACUCACCAUCUCUUUCCUACAGCAUACAAGCACGGAUGAAAACAACAUUAUGUUAAAUCAAAGACAGAUGAAAGAAAGAUUUCCUCAGUGCUUUCAUUUUUUGUUCCUACUUUAUAUUUCGUUUUAUUAUGUCCCAGAUAUUUGCUUCAAAUGGACUGGCUAACAAAGCACAGCUGAGAGUGAGGACAGUGCUGAAGCCUGGUGAAGGAGUUCAUGUCAUGCCGCAGAGGCUGUGUUGCCAUCCCCAGGCAGAGCAGUGAGUAUUCGCAUGGCUGGGAGACUGGCAAUCAGCUGAACUAUAAUGUGUAAAGAGAUAGUAGGGGAGUAUAAGGAAAAUUAGGAGCGGAUUCAAUCAAUAAAUAUUUAGGUAAUGUUUUUUGUCUUACAACAUGACUAGAAGUCCACUGAAACAAAAAUAAAAAACUUGCAACAGAUUUCGGAGAAAAUUAGAGCUUCGUUGUGCUGCCAUUUACUUCAAUGGAAAUAAAAUAGGAUGAUUACUUUGUUUUAGCUCAUGUAGGUUGCUGUAGAGCACUAGCCUAUAUACAAGUCUCUGGUUAAAGUAAGUGAAGUCUGUUUUAGCUGAAGCACAAUGCAAACAUUCAGGUUGGAGCUGCCAGAUAUUCUUAGAGCUUUACAAAAUACAUAGGAAAUAGAAAUCCAGACUGACAGCUGAGCUUAUCAUAAAAUAAUGAGCACACUGGAAAAGCGCAGUAUAGCAUUCCCGGCAUGCUCAGAGAAAGCCACAAAUAAUGAAAUUAUAUUUUUGUUUGCCACCAAGUAUCAGGGAUGUCUAUUAAUACUAAUGGGAUAGCAUGGGAUAGGAAUAUACAAUAAAAAAUCAAAUAGGAAGUUGUAGCAUUAAUGUAACUGCAGUGGCUCGAGGAAAAUCAAUUUAAAAACACAUGGUGAUGUAGAAGCUAAAAUGGUACUGUCCUAAUGUAAGAAACCACAGCACCCUGCACAAAUCAUCGCAUAGCAGCAAAAGCAGAUAGAAAAGUAUUAAUAUGCAUAUAAAAUAAAGUUGACUAAAGAGAGUUUUAUUUGCACUUACAAAGCAAAACACAUCAGAUUUGUGAGGCAGUAAAAUUUCAAGUUUUCAAGCUGAUUGUGAGCUGCAAGAGAGGAAGGGUGGUCACAAUCCACUGAGCAAUUGCCUCUGCACUCCAUUUAUUUUUAAUUUCUCUUCCAACAAAUAAAUUUUUAAAAAUAGCUAUGGUUAAUUCAGGCCCCAUAAAUAUUAUUGCUGUGUUAGAUUAUGUAGACACAUUUAUCCAUGCAAUGUGGAUCCUUACUCAAGGAUCUGCCCUGUUAUGCUUAUCAUUUCGGGGAGGCAGGAAUAGCACAGGCCAAUAGGUUUUAGAAAGGGAUUGUAGGCAGAUGUAAGGAGACUCAUUGACUAUCUGGCAAGUCAUACCUAAUACCUUUUCUAAAAGCCAACAGAUGGUGUGUGAAGAGGCAGCAAAGCUUAUUUUCAGAAAUAUCAAAACACCAGACACAGUGCAAGCACAGGCAUAAGGCAACAGAUAUAAACUUCAAGUUAUUUUCAAGCACCAUUAGUAACAAGAAAAUCAAUAAAUGAUUGCCAGGUGAAAGGAAAUAGGUUUUCUCAGUGUAAGAUGAGCUAGAAACCAAAUCCCAAUUUCACCUUCAAAGGAACACGGUUAGGAGAGUCAUAAAGACUAUAAACCAUCCCUGGAACCUGUUUGACAAUGUCCUCUUCAUGCAGCCAAUGUCAAAACCUUUUCUGACAGACCUGCCUGUGCUAAUAGUCUGCUAUCAUUUCAAAAGCACUUACUGGAUCUUCUAGAUCCUGUAAAACCCAUCUCCUUUGGCCUUGUCUGAAACCUUAAUGUUCUACCAGGAGUUGUAAACCUGAAACUCUAGUUUCAAACAGAGUUCCCAAAGGGUUUUUAUGCAACUCUUGCAAGGAGAUAUUGGAGAUACUAGGUAUUAGAGAGAUAUCUCAAGACAUUAGAGAGUUGUUAUCAUAUUAAAACAACCUAUAGAUGCCUCUGCCCUUCAGAACACUGCUGAAACACCAAGCCAGUGGAACUUGGGCAACUAGUUCCAGCAUGACCUGAAUGAGGUACCACAAAGACUUCCACAAAAAAAUUGAGAACCCCAUGCAGAUCCAUCUAGGAACGUUUGUUCAACCAGGUAUAAGUCUAGCAGAUGUAUCUUCACCGUACAAGCUGCCAUGUCCUUACAAAAGUCCCUCUAACCCAGACAUGAAAGAUGCCCGUCUGCUUACAUGGCUUACUUACGAUCCGUGACCUUUUCCAUAGCCUUCUUCCCCCAAGGGGCACAGUAAAUGCCUCUUGAUUCACCAUACUGAAACUUCAUCUGGAUUAAAACUAAAUUGCAGUGGCACCAAUCUGUCUCAAGCCAGGCUUGUUUAAAAGCACGUUUAUCUUCUUCAGCAAAGCAAUCAACAUAUGCUCAUGUUGGCCCAGGGACCAUUUGUUUAGUAAACAGGUAGAAUGCAGGAAUCUGCCUGCAUAUGCCUUUCUCCCUGAAUUUUCCUUCUCCCUGAAGAGGAUUUGUAGUGUGUUUUAUCCUACGUAAAAAAGCAAAUCUGGAAAUGACAGAACAUUUUCUUGGUUCACAACUUUCUAGGACUGGGGGAGCAUCUGUUGUGACAGGAUGUGAGCAUGGAGAGACCUAUGUCGGAAAACUUCUAGACAUAUUUGACCUUUGACGUUUGACACAUUUGAUAUUUGUAAAAACGAAGAUAAAUCUCUACUAUAAAUGUUAUCUUCCUCUUAGUGAAUAAAGACUCUCUGAAAGCAGGAAAAA